AUGGCCUACCUAGCUCCAAUCUUAGUCUUCUCGUGCCUCCUAACACUCCCCCUCUCGACUUUACAAGCCUACUACUCGAGUACUCCGUCUUAUUCCAACCAGGAGUUGAUGAAUGUCAUCGACUCGUGCUGGCGGUCGAACCCUACUUGGGCGGCGAACAGGCGUGCCCUUGCCGAUUGCGCCGUCGGGUUUGGUAGCGAUGCGAUUGGGGGGAAGUACGGGUCCAUCUAUGUGGUCACUAGCCCGCUGGACAACCCUGCGAAUCCAAAGCCCGGGACGCUCCGGUACGGCGUGAUACAAGAUAAGCCGCUUUGGAUCACCUUUGCCAAGGACAUGAAGAUCACUCUCAAGAAUGAGCUGAUGGUGAACAGUUACAAGACCAUUGAUGGGAGGGGGGCGAAAGUGGAGAUAGCAAAUGGGCCAUGCAUCACGGUGCAAUACGUGAGCCAUGUGAUUAUACAUGGGAUUAGCAUCCAUGAUUGCAAGCCCGGGAAAUCAGGCCUCGUGAGGGACUCUCCCACGCAUGUCGGCCGCCGACAAGGCUCUGACGGCGAUGCUAUCAGUGUCUUCGCAUCUUCGCACAUCUGGGUCGAUCACUGCUUUCUAGCUCGUUGCACCGAUGGCCUCAUCGACGUGAUCCAUGCUUCCACGGCAGUCACCAUCUCCAACAACUAUUUCCAGCAGCAUGAUAAGGUGAUGUUGCUCGGACACAACGACAAAUACACGGCCGAUAAAGUUAUGAGAGUGACGGUUGUCUUUAACCGCUUCGGUUCGGGUCUAAUUGAGAGGAUGCCUAGGGUUAGAUUUGGGUAUGCCCAUGUAGCCAACAACCAAUACGAUGAGUGGCGGAUGUAUGCAAUUGGUGGCAGUGCCAAUCCCACCAUUUUCAGCGAGGGCAACUACUUCCUGGCCUCCAACAAUCGUGUUUCCAAACAGGUCACCAAGAGAGAGACCAAGAGCGGCGACUGGAAGAGCUGGAAAUGGAGGUCGUCGCGAGAUGUGUUCCAGAAUGGUGCAUACUUCGUGCAGUCUGGCUACGGCUCUUGUGCCCCACUUUACACCGGAGCUCAGUCCUUCGUUGUGGCCGAUGGUUCCAAAGUUCCUGCGUUGACUUCCAGUGCGGGUCCUCUCCCGUGCACCGUAGGCAAAGCAUGUUGA